AUGGUGAUGACAAGAAUGCUGAUGCUGAACAAAAAUAUGGAAAUUUGAAAUUAUUAAUUUAUUGUAUUCAUCUUCAUCAUCCAGUUAAGGAAUGAGAUAAAACAAACAGAAAAUUGUAUAAUUCAAGAUAUGGAGUUAUUUGUUGUGAACAGGCAUGAAGGUGAUCAACUUCAAGAAGUUCCUGAGAAUGAUGAGCAAUCUAAGCUAGACAAGGUUCUGAAAAAAAUCGAGAAGAAUAAAAAGUUGAGGCUUAAACAGAAAGAAAAACAAUCUGAAAUUCAAUCUGCUAAGCAAAAAACUAUUGAGGCAAGAAAAAUCAGAAGAGAGAUCAAAGCUUCUAUAAUAUCAGUUCCAGAAAACACAAAUAAUGAGUUCAUUGAUAAAACUGUUGAGGAACCAAUUCAAAAUGAAAGUAUAAACACAGAGAAACCAUCAAAUAAAAAGAGAAGAUUGGACCCUGCACUUUUGGAAGGUUUCACUGUACUAGGAGCUGACAAUGUUUCAAAUAAAACAAAAGUUAAACGUGUACUUCCAAAUUGGCUCUCAAACCCAUCCAUAAUAUCAGUAAACCUCCAGAACCUUGAAACUAAAGUCUCAGACCUUAAACAACUAGACAAAGGUCUCAGAAAACUUCUGAAAGCAAAUGGGGUCAAAUAUCUCUUCCCAGUACAAGCACAAGUCAUCCCAUGGCUUUUACAAAGUAUACAUGAUUCUCAAGUAAUUUUUCCUAGGGAUGUUUGUGUCUCUGCACCCACAGGAAGUGGAAAAACACUUGCCUUUGCUCUUCCUGUCAUCCAAGCUUUGAAGAAACACACUGUAAAGAAAAUAAGGGCUCUGGUGAUUUUGCCUACACAGGAUUUGGCCUUGCAAGUGUUCAAGACUUUCAAGAUGUACACACAGAAUACUAGCAUUGAUGUGUGCCUCAUAACUGGGAGCAAUUCAUUUGCAGUAGAGCAAUCACAACUGAUAACUGAAAAUAAAGUAUUUGGUCCCAUAAGCAGAAUAGACAUUCUAGUUUGUACUGCAGGUAGGCUAGUGGAUCAUUUGAAGCUGACCAAUGGUUUUUCUUUGAAAAACCUAGAAUUUCUUGUUAUAGAUGAGGCUGAUAGAGUUCUUGAGAGUGUUCAAAAUGAUUGGUUGUAUCAUCUAGAGAAGCACAUUCAUUUGGAGGAACCAGGUUCUCAGGAUGUCCAUGUUUUGAAUCUACAGACCCUACAAAAACAUAGGCCACCACAAAAACUGCUAUUUUCAGCAACUCUUUCCCAAGAUCCAGAAAAACUGCAAAAGCUCUCCCUGUUUCAACCAAAACUAUUCACUUCUAUUAUGGAAAACCAAGAGGAAACCAACAAUAUUGAAAAACCUAGAGAAAGCUUCAUUGGGAAAUACACUACUCCAAGUGAACUAUCAGAAAAGUACAUUGUCACUUCUGUGGAAUUGAAGCCUCUGUUCUUGUACAAAUUCAUCAAAAUGGAAAAACUAACAAGGUCCAUUGUUUUCACACACUCUUUAGAAAGUGCUCAUAGAUUGACAUUACUUUUGAGAACUUUAUUAGAAGACAAAGUGAAAGUUGAGGAGGUUUCUUCAAAUUUGCAAGGAAAAAGUAGGAAUCAACUCAUCAGCAAGUUUACUGGUGGUGAAAUUGACUUAUUGGUUUGUACUGAUUCUCUGGCAAGAGGAAUUGAUCUACCAAAUGUACAGUGUGUUAUUUCAUACUCUGCACCAAAACACCUCAAAACGUACAUCCACAGGGCUGGUAGGACAGCUAGGGCUGGAGAGCAGGGCUUAGCAGUUACUCUGUUGAACAAAACCCAGCUCUCCAAAUUCAAGGGAUUGCUUGAGCAAGCAAAUAAAACCAAUGUUGAAGAACUGAUUAUUCCUGAAGAUGAUUUGGAACCACUGGAAGAAAAAUACAGAGGCUCCUUGGUGGAGCUCAAGAAGAUUGUUGAAAAAGAAGAAAAGUUGAAUUUGGAAAGAACCCUUGUUGCUAAAGGAAACAAAAAAACCAGGAAGAAGAGAAAGAGGCAAGAUUCUGUUGGCACUGGCAGUAAUACAUGAAAAUUUGUGAAUAAAAAUCUUAAAAAAAUCUGCUUUUUUUCAAAUGGAACUAUUUUAUCAUAGAAUGAGAG